CAUCCAUCGUCGUCUCUCACCUCUCACUUCACUUCUCACCCUGCCCCCAGCUCCCUCUCCUAUAUUAAUGGUUUUGCUUCGGCGGCUUUCUUGUUACUGGUGCGCGAUUGCAGCUCCUCAGAGCUUUGCUUGUGCCGGCAGCUACCCAGGAGCUACAGCACACUCCUCCUCACGCACUGCCACUACGACCUAGCUCAGCUCAGCUCAGUCCGUCCAGUACUAGCUACUUCGCCAUUACUGCAAGCUCUGCUCCAUCCUUGUUACUUAGAUUUCCUUCCAGCCACUCACAAGCUGCACUGCACUUCCCCAGUUCUAUAAUUAACCUAGCAGCAUGGCAGCCGAGUGGGAAGCAGCCUUGGGCAUGGAGCUCGGCAUGGGGACGCACUACCACCACGCGCCGCCACCAGCCUCCUCGCAAAUGAACCACCACCACCACGCCGCCUUCUCCCACUCCCAUUCCCAGCCGCACCACUACCACUUCUACGGCGCGCCCUCCGCGCCCACCGGUGGCGAGGACCACAUGCGCGUCGACGAGAUGCUCGACCUCUCCUCCCACCUCGGCGCCCACGACUUCUUCCCCGGCGCCGCCGGCAAUGGCAAUGGCGGCAGCCACUACCACGUGAAGAGCGAGGCGCCCCCGACCCCGCCUGCUACUGCUCCAGCGUCUUCGUUCAACCUCUCCUCCUACGCCGAUGAGUUUUACCUGCCUGUCCCGACUGAGGAAGCUGCGGAGCUGGAGUGGCUGUCCAAUUUCGUAGACGACUCCUACCCUGACAUCCCCAACUACCCGCCGGCCAUGCAGGCGGCGAUGGCGGCCGCCGCGAGGAACGGCGGGGGGCGGCAGCCUGCAGCGGGGCAGGAUAAUUCCGCGUCGGCAGCGCCUGGCGCCCGCGGGGCACGGAGCAAGCGGUCCCGUGCGGCCUCCGCGGCGGCGGCCGCGUGGCACGCCCUCGCGCCGCGCCAGACGAUCUCGCCGUCCUCCUCGUCCUCCUCAUCCGACCUGUCGUCCUCCAAGCCGGCGCGUUCGUUAGGCGGUGGCGGAGGCAUGAAGAAGAGCGGCCUGACCGUCGAAGUGGGAGGGAGGGAGAAUGCCAAUGUUGGCGAGGACGGCGGCGUGCGGCGGUGCACCCACUGCGCGUCCGACAAGACCCCGCAGUGGCGCACGGGGCCGCUGGGGCCCAAGACGCUGUGCAACGCGUGCGGGGUGAGGUACAAGUCCGGGCGGCUGGUGCCGGAGUACCGCCCCGCGGCGAGCCCCACGUUCGUGCUCACGCAGCACUCCAACUCCCACCGCAAGGUCAUGGAGCUGCGCCGCCAGAACGAGCUCGUCCACAUCCGCGGCGGCGGCGGCGGCAUCGUGUCGGCGUCGUCGGGGCAGAACGGCGGAGGCGGCUCGGCCGAGCACAUGUUCCGCGACUACGGCGUGUGUUGAGUUGACCCGCGCGCCAAAGCUUGGAUCUUUGGUGGAUCCGAGAUAGGCCAGCGCCCGCGAAAAUUAGCUCGAUCGAUCUGCUUAAUUUUGCAUGCAAAUUCCUUUCCUUGCCUCUUUUUUUUUCGCAAUUCCUUUUUUUUCCAUGUACUAUUUUGUUGCUUCCUCUAGUUCAUAUGGAUCUCUCUUUUUUUUGUCCGAAAUAAACAAUGACAUCUGUUGAAAAAUUCGGAAAUAAUCGGAAGUUUCAUCUAUUGCUUUGAGCUU